UAAACUGUGUGUUUCAGUUUCAUUUGUUUGUGUUGUUUGACAGAAAGAACAAAGGUAAUCCAUUCUGCAUGCUGUGCAGUGAAUCUCUGGGACGAACAUCCCACAAGGAGAGGUUUGCCUACUUCUACAGAGAGCAUGAGGUCAGGAUUAUCGACUCCUACCAGUAUGAAGAUUAUGAAGAUGUCUUCGCCAGAAAUCCGUUUAUUCUGUGGUUCAACUGUCCAAAAACAGUUGUGCAGGACUUGGUGCUAAUCCCAGUCCACACCCAACCAGAGAAUACGCCGAGAGAGCUGGACGCUCUGGAUGAUGUGGUCGAAGCUGUGAGGCAAAAAUACACUAAUAACAUUAUGAUUUUGGGGGAUUUUAAUGCAGAUAAGCCUUACCUCUCCAAGAGGAAGAAGAAAAAGUUAUGCAUCUGCCACUCUCCGUAUCAUUGGCUGAUAAAAGAUGGUGUCAAAACCACAACCAGUGAAAAAACUGACCACACCUAUGACAGCGUGGAGGGGGCUGAUUUGGUGUUUGGUGAUCACAUGUAUGAUGCGGUUGUGCCCAACUCAGCCCAGCCUUUCAACUUCCAGGAAGCCUAUGACCUUUCUAGUCAUAGAACUCAAGCCAUCAGUGACCAUUACCCUGUGGAGGUGGAGCUGAAGGAGGAGCUCUCUGUAACCUCACCCCCUCCUACCUCACCGACCUCCUACAACGUCACUUCCACCCGCAACCUCAGAUCCACAGAUUCCAACCUCCUUUCUCCUCUCACUUGCCCCAAGUACUGA